AACCCAACGGCUCUUUUAAGAGCCACCCACUUCCGUCCGAAGAGCCAGAGUUUCUAAAAUCCACUCGAGUUGCAUGACAUAUCAUAUAAUAAAUUAAAAUCCAGUAAACAGCAGUCACCCUAGAAAGAGGCGACCAACUUUAAAGAGGAAUAAACAUGAAAUGCUAAAUGUUUCCCACAGCAAUGAAACGUUGCAGAUGAAAAGAUGUGCUGGAUUUCUUUGGGUCUCCAAUGAUCAAAUGUAGGAUUGUGCUCUGUGCUCGUCUAACUUCAACUGGUGGAGAAGCCUCUGGACCACCGGACGUUUCACCGGCCUGACAGGGAGGGAGUCCCACAGCAAACCUUCAGUUGGACCUGCGGUUCCGUUGCUCUGUGCGGCCUUCAGCAACCAGUCUGGCAACAUCCAGACUGGCAACACGGCCAGAUCCUUUACGGGGUUCCUAAAGCAGAAUUAAAGAAUCUGCUGCUUGUCAGGUUUUUGCAUGUAACAAACCUGAGGAGGAUGAGAGGAGAGGAAACCCAGAGUAGCAGCCUGAGCGUUAGAACUUCACUUUGGAUCAUCUUGGUUAUGCAUUUUUCUUUGUUUGCUCAUUUGAAAAACUAGCCACCAGUUUGCUGCUGCUGCUGCUGCUGCUGCUGCUGCUGCAAAGGUUGAUACAUGCAGUAAUUUUACUGGACAAUUCCUAAUAAUUUGGAGAAAGUUGUAACUGUUGGAUUGAUGAGAGAAAAUGUGAAAACAGACAACUUUGAUUGAUUGAUUGAUUGCGGUCAAAUGAAUUUUUGUUUUGUUUCCAUCUUUUAUUUCCACAUGAAGUGACGGGGAACCUUUGAGACGCUCCCACUCCACUACUUCCUAGUUUUGACGGUGUUUUAUUUUACAAUCCGGUUCUCCGAGCGGAAGUGCGUCCGCUGGUCGUUGGCAACUUGAGGCGGAAGUAGAAACGUGUCUGGCCGACUGUCUUCACUUAGGUCCGCGACAUGUAUUGAAAUCUGGACGCCCAGCCUUCCGCAGUCAGUGUCUCGUCGUCGACGCACAGCGAGAGAAUCAUGAGUGGCCGUGGAAAGGGAGGCAAGGGACUCGGGAAGGGCGGCGCCAAGCGGCACCGCAAAGUCCUCCGCGACAACAUCCAGGGCAUCACCAAGCCCGCCAUCCGCCGCCUGGCUCGCCGCGGCGGAGUCAAGCGCAUCUCCGGCCUGAUCUACGAGGAGACCCGCGGCGUGCUGAAGGUGUUCCUAGAGAACGUGAUCCGUGACGCCGUGACGUACACGGAGCACGCCAAGAGGAAGACGGUGACCGCCAUGGACGUGGUGUACGCCCUGAAGAGGCAGGGCCGAACCCUGUACGGCUUCGGAGGCUAAAUCCGGUCCGGUCCCAACCGAACCCAACAAACAACAACGGCUCUUUUAAGAGCCACCCACACUUCUCAAGACUCAUGCUUCCUGCUCCGACUAACUGUUGGACUCCUGAAACACGCAGACUGUGCUGAGACUAGAACACCGGGCUGCUCUGCGCUGGUUGCUGACACAUGUUGUUUUCUAAAUGGCUUUUUCUAACGUCCCAGGUUUUCCUUUCUCCUUCCCGGAGCCUUUCCCAGCUUCUCAUGAAAUUCUUGCCAAGUAAACUUUGUGCCGUAAACGUGUUCAAUAAACUCGCCUGACAUCAUCACA